CGUUGCUAACAGUUGCUAGUUGUUCAGAGUCCAAUCAGAACUCCGAACGUAUCAGAAAAGUUUCAUUUGAGCACAGUGUUGUAAUAAGAAUUGUCUAGCCAAGAGAAGGUAUUAGAAGAGUAUUAUUCAGCUCAAAGUUGAAGAGUGAGAUAUUGUAAGAGAACUACGUCACUAUACAACAAUAUCUAUAUAAAAAUCACUAUUCAAUAUCCACACAACAACAUCUAUACGCUUAUAGCUAUUCUCGCAACAAUAUCGCCAAUAUCAUUACUAUCAUAAUUGGUUGACUGUCUUGCUGAAUUAUCUUGUUAACGUCUACUAUACUGUCUUCUAUUCGCGCUAUGUCUACCAGAAUCUCUAGGGGUCAGUGCAACAACUGUACCUGUUCGCCAGGAUUGUUGUCGCGUACCAAUAGAAGAUCGUCCCUCUUUGCCCAGAAGAUCAACAUCAACAGAACCAACUCCGGGAUCGGUGGUUCUAGAGCUGGUUCCAGAAAAGGAUCUGUCUUCACUAUUGAUCCUGCUACCUUGUGUUUGCCUGAAAUUAAGGAAACAAAUACCUCGCAGCGUUUGGAAGCGUUGAGAAACAAAAUGAAGGACCACAACUUGGCAGUGUACAUUGUUCCAUCGGAAGACCAACACCAGUCUGAGUACGUCUCGGCGUUUGACCAGAAGAGAUCAUUCAUCUCUGGAUUUGGAGGCUCUGCUGGUGUAGCCGUAGUUACUCGCGACUUAUUGUGUAUGAACGAUGUGCCUGAAGGAUCAGCCGCUCUUUCCACGGACGGGAGAUACUUCAACCAAGCUACCAACGAGUUAGACUUCAACUGGAUCUUGUUGAAACAGGGUGCUAAGGAUCAACCAACCUGGGAAGAAUGGGCUGUAGAACAGGCCAUUCAGUUAUCUUUGGACAGUGGCUCCAAAGCCAAUGUCGGUGUCGAUCCUAGACUCAUCUCUUACAAGUUGUACCAGAAGAUCUCGGGAAUUGUUGAAAAAGCUUUGGAAAAACACCUGAACAAGAAGAUUCAGAUCGAACUUGUGGCUGUUACUGAAAACUUGAUUGGUUCCAUUUGGGAAAAGUUUGAGCCUUUACCUCCAAGGGCAUCUCUGUCGCGUAUCAAAAUCUUGGAUACCAAAUUUACUGGUGAGCAAGUUGCUGACAAGUUGAAUAGAGUCAAGCAGCAGACUUUCAAAGAAAAUGUAGGAGGUUUGGUUGUUACUGCUUUGGACGAAAUCGCCUGGUUGUUAAACUUGAGGGGGCAGGAUAUCGAAUACAACCCUGUUUUCUUUAGUUUCUUGGUGAUAACCAAGAGUAAUGGCACCACUUUAUUCAUUCAAAAGUCUAGAUUGACUGCAGAUAUAUUGGCCCUUCUCGAAGCUAAUAAUAUCCAGGUUGAACCUUAUGAAUCUUUCUACUCCAGAUUGUCGUCAAUUUCUAAAGACUUCAGUAUUGCUAAUCAACUGUUCUUGAUUCCAUCCAAUGCCAACUGGGAAGUACUCAGAAACUUGAAAUGUUCUUUCACUCAAGGUUUGUCUCCAAUUGAAGAUUUGAAGUCUGUCAAGAAUGCAACAGAACUUUUGGGUGCAAAGAUUGCCCAUUUGAAAGAUGGUAGAGCAUUGGUAAGAUUCUUUGCAUGGUUGGAAGAGCAGGUAGUGGAUAGACAAGAGUUGAUCGACGAAUGUGCUGCUGAUGACAAGUUAACUGAGUUUAGGAGCCAGGAAGAAAACUUUGUUGGCCUUUCUUUCGCUACCAUCAGUGCCACUGGUGCCAAUGGUGCGGUUAUUCACUAUAAGCCUACUAAGGGCCAAUGUGCUACUAUAAAUCCAUUGAAGAUCUACUUGAACGACUCAGGAUCGCAAUUUCUUGAGGGUACUACUGAUACUACUCGUACAAUCCACUUCGGCAAGCCUACCUAUGAAGAAAUCAAGCGUUACACUUUGGUAUUAAAAGGUAAUAUUGCGCUAUCAACUUUAAAAUUCCCAGAAAACACCACCGGUAACUUAAUUGACUCCAUUGCAAGACAAUAUCUCUGGAAGUUUGGUUUGGACUACGGCCAUGGAACUUCUCACGGAGUUGGCGCAUAUUUAAAUGUCCACGAAGGACCAAUUGGUAUUGGUCCUAGACCCAAUGCUGCUGCACAUGCCUUGAAGCCAGGUCAGUUGAUUUCUAAUGAACCUGGCUAUUAUGAAGAUGGUGAGUACGGUAUUCGUUUGGAAAACAUGAUGUAUAUCAAGGAUAGCGGCUUGUCGUACAAUGGUAGACAAUUCUGGGAUUUUGAGACUGUCACCAGAGUUCCUUUCUGUAGAAAGUUAAUUAAUGUGGACAUGUUGGACGAAGAAGAAUUGGCAUGGCUUAACGCUUAUCACAAUACAAUCUGGAACGAAUUGCAUGAAACAUUUGACAAAAACAGCUACGUCUACAAGUGGUUGAGACGAGAAACUGACCAGAUCGUCAGACACUCUCAUAAGUUAUUGUGAAGACUAAUAGAUCCAAAAUGUGGUCUCUUUGUGUAUAGAUUGAUAUGACUAAUUGAAGGUGACUUUAUAA